AUGCCUAAAAGAAAGAAGACAAAGAAAAACCGCAAGGAGCAAGGCAAAAAUAACAAUAACAGCAAUCAGGAUAUGGACUGGGAUAAACUACAGCAAGACGACUCCGAUUUCGGAAAGACCGAUAACGAAAAGAAAGGACAGGAGAUCAAGGAUGCCCUACAGUCAAAGGAUCCCGACCUAUCAAAGAUCGAGGAGAUAUUUAAAAACGCCAAUAAGGCAAUCCAAGAUGCCUACAAAGACCGUGGCCUUUCUUCGAAGGAUAAGCUUCUGCCAGAGAAUAAGUAUCAGGUUUAA